GAAGUUCAGUCGCAUUGCGCCGGCGCCUCAGUACGACCGCGUUUAAUUAAAGAUUCAAAAUGGCGGCCCGGCCCAUUCUUACCACCAGUUUGUCGACUUUCUCGAGGCGCGCCUACAGCUCCAAAGCGGACAAAAAUGUGGCGUUCCUUGGACUCGGGAACAUGGGAGGUUUUAUGGCCGCAAAUUUGGUCAAAAAGGGCUUCAAUGUGACUGGCUACGACCCUUCAAAGGAGACGCUAACAGCGGCAGAAAAGAACGGCAUUAAAAGAGCCAACUCUAUCGCCGCGGCUGUUGAGAGCGCCAACGCGGUCGUCUCCAUCUUGCCAAGCAAUAAAGUGGUACUGGAUGCUUACCUUGGCAAAGAUGGUGUUAUCAAACAUGCCCAAAAAGGCGCGCUGCUAAUCGACUCAAGCACAGUGGACCCGAACGUGCCAAAAGAAAUCUUCCCUAUCGCCAUCGAAAAUGGCGUAGGCUUCAUUGAUGCCCCGGUCUCAGGAGGUGUGAUGGGCGCCCAGAACGCCACCCUGGCCUUCAUGUCCGGCGGCCGCAAGGGUGACUUCGACCGCUCCCUGCCCCUUCUCCAGGCAAUGGGUGCCAAGCAGUUCCACUGCGGAGACGUCGGCGCUGGCCAGGUGGCCAAGCUAGCCAAUAACAUGCUCAUGGGCAUCACCGGCAUGGCCACUGCCGAGUGCAUGAACAUGGGUAUCAAAAUGGGUCUGGACCCCAAGGUCCUGUUGGAUGUCCUGAACAACUCCUCCGCGCGAUCAUGGUCCACUGAAGUAUACUGCCCCGUACCUGGUCUAGUGCCCACAGCUCCAUCUAGCAGAAACUAUGAUGGAGGCUUCAAGAAUGAGCUCAUGGUUAAGGAUCUGGAGCUGGCUAGCGGCAUGGCCCUUGGCAUCAGAUCACCCAUCCCCCUGGGCGCGGUAGCCACCCAGCUGUACCGCAUCGUGCAAUCCCGUGGCUACGGACAGAAGGACUUCUCUUACGUAUACCAGCUGCUCAAGGAAGAAAAGAAGUAGAAUAAAGUGGUUUAAGAUU